CACACACUGGUAUCCUCUCGUCUCCCUACUGACCCAAAUCUGGGAACUUGGGUGAUCGGUAUUGCCCGCGUGACUAGGGUCCGGCCAGCUUCUUGCGCCAACCCGGGGAAGAGUCGGCCGUUUGUUUAAAAAAUUAUUGAAGAAAGUUCGGCGUGACGGGGAGGUGGGUACAACAACGACGGUGUACCAAGCGCGAUGACGCCUUGUGUGUGCCUUGGUCGUUCGUCGUCGUCACACGCGUCAUCCGCCGUGAGAGUGGGGAUAUUGGGGAGGGUCCCAGCUGGCGAACACCUAUAAAGAUAGAAGCUACGGAGGGUCAGAUCACACUUUGCUCCGAAAAUUUUCCGAGGAUCGAUCCUCGUGGACAGUGAGAAAGAGAGAGAGGGAGAGAGAGGGAGAGAAAGAGAGAGAGAGAUAGUCGCCAAUUGUCGGAUCGGUCAGGAAAGAUGAACAAGCUGGUGAUUCUGGGAUUUCUCGCCGCUUCCGCGACGGCUGUGCCCACGUCGGUUGUUAACAACGUUCAACUGAACAGGGAUCUCGAUUGCUUCGAGCAAGAGAACGCGCUGUUCAGCUGUAUCUCCGUCAAGACUGUCAGCAUGCUGGACAGAGCUGCGAGGUCCAGCGAUAUUGACAUCAUCGACGGGGUCAAGUUCGUAAGGGAAACGCCGAUGGAGCGCAACGGAAAAGAUCUGAAGACCGAGGUGGACAUCAUGAACGAGCUGCCGAGAGACGCGUCGGAUAGAGCCAUCAAGCUGAUGGGCAUGAUGUUCGACUCGGUCAUGUCCUUCGUGAGGUCCCACAGUUUGAAGCUGAGCAUGCCCGAGGAGGGCUCCAUCUCCCGCGCUCUGGACGAAGGUCGUGCCAAGAUAAAGAAAAUCGCGUUGCCACUGAUCGCCGCGGCUGGGGUAAAAUUAUUCGCCCUGAUCCCAAUUGUGCUCGGAAGUCUGGGCCUGCUGGUCAUGAAAGCCCUUUUCGUGGGCAAGAUCGCCCUUCUCCUUGCCGGGGUGCUGGCUUUCCAGAGGCUGUUCGGCAGCGGCAACGGGGCGACGAGUUUCUUCAACAAGAACAAUCAGCCGUCAACCGGGUGGGUGGACAACGGCGGUGGACAAGGCUGGUCGUCGGGCAACGUGGCGGCAAACGUGCAACCUCAGGGUUACUACAGAAGCUUCAACGAUCAAACGGAUGCCCAUUCUUUGGCAUACUCGGCCCAGGCGCCGAUCACGAACGAAACCAAUUGAAACGGGUCGACGAUCUCGAGUGAAAUCACGUUCUUUGAACGAAGAAGAAGAAUCAGUUGGAGGCCAUAUCUCGCGUGUCUGGUGCGUUUAAAGAUGCUAGAUCUAGAUAAUUAAUUCCCUCGACUGCUAGAUUAAUAUUUAUUAUAUUAAUCCCUUUUGUAUUAAUAAAUUAUUCAAUAUUUCUUCUUACAAAA